GAAUGCGGUUUGUCGUAACAAAAAUGUUCCUCCGGAAGGAUUAGGAGGUUACACCGUUAAUGGAUUAGAGCUGCGGCGUCUGGGUCGCUCUUUUGUUUACAUCUGUUUCCAUUUAGUCUCAAACGCUCAGAGUCCAAUGGACCUCCAGAGCAACAAGUGUGAAUAUGUGAUAGUAUUCAUGUGACCUGUGGAAGCAGAAGUAUUACCAGUCACUACAUUAGGGCAAGUUUGGAGUGAAAACAUGUUCACUGCUACCCAAAUGUCCAAAUCCCAGUUCCUGGAUAAAGCCAGGAUAGCACGGGAGGAAAGGAAAGGUCAUAAGGAGAAAGAGAGAGCUGCCACACAAAUCCAGGCUCUAGUCAGAAGAUUCCUCUGCCGUUGCAGGCUGCAAAGAGAAAUCAGGAAAGAGGUUGAUGACUUCUUUGCAGUCAGCGAUGCAGGUUCAGCGAAAAGAAAUGCAUUAUCCAUCUUCAAAGUCGCUAGGAAAUUGUUAUUUAUAUUGAGCAAGGAUGAUAAGUUGAGGUUUGAGAAGCUGUGUCGAAUCAUACUAAGUAGCAUGGAUGUCGAGAAUGAACCUAAAGUAUGGUAUGUAUCCCUGGCCCUUUCAAAAGAUCUCACCAUCCCCUGGCUGAAACAGAUCAAAGAUGUGCUAUGGGUCUCUUGUGAAUUUCUGAAGAAACUGAAGCCUGACAUACUGCAGGAUAAUAAAUUGGUGACGCUGUACCUGACAAUGCUGAUAACCUUCACUGACACAUCGACGUGGAAAAUCAUCCGAGGGAAGGGUUUGCCCUCGAAGCCUGCUUUAAACAGAAUUUGUGAGAACAUCAUGGGGCAUCUCAAUCAGAAGGGCUUCUACUCUGUUCUUCAGAUUCUACUAACAAAUGGAUUGGCAAGAUCCAGACCUUCACUUUCCAAAGGAACACUCACGGCCAUUUUUACGCUGUCACUCAGGCCUGUUAUCGCUGCACAUUUCUCAGACAACCUGCUGAGGUCUUUCCUUCUCCACAUCAUGUCUGUUCCAGCAUUCAUCUCGCACCUCAACACACUCACUCCAGAUUGUAUGGUCACCAUCCAGACCCAUGAACUUUUCCGCAAGUUUGUCUUGUUUUUAAGUCGAGAGGAGCAAUGUUUGGAUAUCUGUGUUUGUCUGGAGGGAAGCCACACUCUGUGCUUACUGGGUAACCUCAUUCAGCUGGGAUACUUUAAUGUAAAAGUUCUAGAGCAGGAAGCAGGUCACUUUGUAAAGGAUCUGACAGAUAUGUUGUCAUACUGUCAGAGAUAUGUGUCUCAGAAGAAAUCCAAUCUCACACAUUGGCACCCAGUGUUGGGCUGGUUCUCCCAGACUGUUGACUAUGGGCUUAAUGAGUCUAUGCCGUUGGUAACAAAGCAGUUGCAGUGUCUGUGGGGAGUUCCAGUGAUCUGCACUCUUUUCUGUGAUGUUCUCAGCAAAAAGCUAGAAACUCAAGAUCCCACUUCACCUCCCCCUCCUCUGCCAAGCUCAUUACAGAAUAAUCUGCCUGUCAAAAAUCUGUUCAAGCGAGCGUUCCAGAAGUCUGCAUCUGUGCGGAACAUCCUGAAACCAGUCGGAGGGAAGCGUGUGGACUCGACUGAGGUUCAGAAGGUGUGCAGUAUUUGUGUGCUGUAUCAGACGGCCCUCACCACGCUCACACAGAUCCGCCUGCAGAUUCUCACAGGACUGACAUAUCUGGAUGAGCUGCUGCCUAAGCUGUGGGCAUUUAUCUGUGUUGGCCCUCAGGGGGGACUCAGACUCUUCCUGGAGUGUCUUAAUAAUGACACAGAAGAGUCCAAACAGCUUCUGGCCAUGCUGAUGCUCUUCUGUGACUGCUCCAGACAUCUCAUCACGAUUCUGGAUGACAUAGAGGUGUAUGAGGAACAGAUUUCUUUUAAAAUGGAAGAGCUUGUUACCAUCUCCUCGUUCCUCAACACAUUUGUAUACAAGAUGAUGUGGGAUGGUAUUUUAGAGAAUGCCAAAGGAGAGAAGCUGGACUUAUUCCACAGUGUUCAUGGCUGGCUGAUGGUUCUGUAUGAGCGGGACUGUCGCAGGAGAUUCACGCCUGAAGAUCACUGGCUCCGCAAGGACCUGAAGCCCAGCCUGUUGUUUCAAGAGCUGGAGAAAGGCAAAAAAAGAGCACAGCUGCUACUUCAGUACAUUCCGCAUGUCAUCCCACACAAAAAUAGGGUGUUGCUGUUCCGGAACAUUGUGACAAAAGAGAAGGAGACUCUAGGAUUGGUGGAAACAAGCUCUGCCUCUCCCCAUGUGACUCAUAUAACCAUUCGCCGCUCACGCAUGUUGGAGGAUGGUUAUGAUCAACUGCGGCGUCUUCCUGUCAACUCCAUUAAGGGAGUGAUCCGAGUGAAGUUUGUGAAUGAUUUAGGUGUGGAUGAGGCUGGAAUUGACCAGGACGGUGUGUUUAAAGAGUUCUUAGAAGAGAUCAUCAAGAAGGUUUUCAACCCAGCGCUCAAUCUGUUUAAGACCACCAGUGGGAAUGAGAGAUUAUAUCCCUCCCCAACCUCCAGCAUCCAUGAGAACCAUCUUCAGUUGUUUGAAUUUGUUGGAAAGAUGCUUGGAAAGGCCAUGUAUGAAGGCAUAGUGGUGGAUGUGCCAUUUGCCUCAUUUUUCCUCAGUCAGGUUCUAGGUCACCAUCACAGCACCUUCUACAGCUCCAUAGAUGAGCUGCCCUCUCUUGACUCAGAGUUCUACAAAAACCUCACCUCCAUUAAGCGUUAUGAUGGGGACGUCAGUGAUCUGGGUCUGACUUUGUCCUAUGAUGAAGAUGUGAUGGGGCAGUUAGUCUGCCAUGAGCUAAUUCCUGGUGGAAAGACCAUGCCUGUCACUAAUGAAAACAAGAUCAGCUACAUUCACCUGAUGGCCCAUUUCCGCAUGCACACCCAGAUCAAGGAGCAGACUGCCGCAUUCAUCAGGGGCUUCCGCAGCAUCAUCAACCCAGAGUGGCUCCACAUGUUCUCCACCCCUGAGGUCCAGAGGCUUAUCUCUGGAGACAACGCUGAGAUAGACCUGGAUGAUCUCAAGAAGCACACUGUGUACUAUGGAGGUUUCCAUAGCAGCCACAGAGUCAUUCUUUGGCUGUGGGACAUUCUCUCCAGUGACUUUUCCCCUGAGGAGAGAGCCAUGUUCUUGAAGUUUGUCACCAGCUGUUCAAGACCUCCUCUGCUUGGUUUUGCCUACCUCAAACCCCCUUUCUCCAUCCGUUGUGUGGAAGUGUCAGAUGAUCAGGACACAGGCGACACUUUAGGUAGUGUUCUGCGUGGCUUUUUCACCAUUCGUAAGAAGGAACCAGGUGGUCGCCUCCCUACAUCCUCCACUUGUUUCAACCUACUCAAGCUGCCCAACUACAGCAAGAAGAGCAUCCUCAGAGACAAACUCCGCUACGCAAUCAGCAUGAACACUGGCUUUGAGCUUUCAUAACCCACAAAGCACAUUUGUGUGCUGAUUUAUUCUACCGAUACAAACUCAUACAUCUUCAAACAUGAACAUCAACAAAAAUGGCAGUGGCUGAGCUAAAGAUAGUGGCCCACACAAAUGUUGAAGUAGGAGACAUACUGAUUACUUGCUUUGUUGACAUUUUGGCCUUCAGUUAAGGCCCUUUUUUAAUCA